GAGUGGAGGAGGGAGAGAGAGAAAUGGACGGGUGGUGCGUUCACCCGCAAAAAGAAGAACCGGAUACGACUUAGUACCUACCCGUCAAAAUCAAAGAAAAUUAGACUGCCGAUUAAAUGAUGAGCAGGCUGUGGAGGCGUGACGUGCCGCUGUCAGAGCGGUUAGGGAAUGACUCCCCUCCCGGCGUCACCCCGGGACCCCUGCCCUCCGUGCCCCCCGGUGGCCCCAACAUCUCCUGGCUGCCGGAGGCCCCCCUGCUCACCCCGGAGCAGCCCAUCUUCCUCAUGACCACCACUGCCCAGGCCGUAUCCGGCUUCUUUGUCUGGACCGCUCUGCUUCUCACCUGUCACCAGAUCUACAUGCACCUGAGGUACUACAGCUCCCCAAAUGAGCAGAGGCACAUUGUUCGCAUUCUCUUCAUCGUCCCCAUCUACGCCUUCGACUCCUGGCUCAGCCUGCUCUUCUUCACCAACGACCAGUACUACGUCUACUUCGACACCGUCAGGGACUGCUAUGAGGCGUUUGUCAUCUACAACUUCCUCAGCUUGUGCUACGAGUACCUGGGAGGGGAGAGCGCCAUCAUGGCCGAGAUCCGAGGGAAGCCCAUCGAGUCCAGCUGUGUUUAUGGGACGUGCUGCUUGUGGGGCAAGACUUACUCCAUCGGCUUCCUCAGGUUCUGCAAGCAGGCCACCCUGCAGUUCUGUGUGGUGAAGCCCCUGAUGGCCAUGAUCACUGUCAUCCUGCAGGCAUUCGGAAAAUACCGGGACGGCGAUUUCAACGUGGCCAGCGGGUACCUGUACGUCACCAUCAUAUACAACAUCUCGGUCAGCCUGUCGCUCUACGCCCUCUUCCUCUUCUACUUCGCCACCCGCGAGCUGCUCGUCCCUUACAGCCCCGUGCUCAAGUUCUUCAUGGUCAAGUCUGUCAUCUUCCUCUCCUUCUGGCAGGGAAUGCUGCUGGCCAUCCUGGAGAAGUGCGGGGCCAUCCCGCAGAUCAGCUCCGUGGAGGUGUCGGUGGGCGAGGGCACGGUGGCCGCCGGCUACCAGAACUUCAUCAUCUGCGUGGAGAUGUUCUUCGCUGCCCUCGCCCUGCGCCACGCCUUCACCUACAAGGUCUACAUGGACAAGAGGCUGGACUCCCAAGGCCGCUGUGCCCCCAUGAAGAGCAUCUCCAGCAGCCUGAAGGAGACCAUGAACCCAGGGGACAUGGUGCAGGAUGCCAUCCACAACUUCUCCCCGGCCUACCAGCAGUACACGCAGCAGUCCACCCUGGAGCAGCGGGCGGCCCCGCCCGUCUCACGCAGCCAUAGCACCGUCAGCACCCGCGACAACGAGAAGACCCUGCUGCUCAGCUCCGACGACGAGUUCUGAGCCCCGCGGGGCGGACGGGGGGAGGGGGUGGGGAGGGAUCAGGGGUGGGCAGGGCAGAGGGACGGAGACGAGACAGUCAGUACAUUCUGUAAGGCUCUCUUCAGGACCACGUGUCACAGGUGUACAUGGAAUACUGUGACACACUGAUACUCACAAUCAAAACAGGACUUUUGAAAGGGACACAUCACAGUACGCAGGCUUGCUACACAUACAGACAUUGACACAUGCUUAAAACUGAAGGACACACAUACGCGCCUAGAAGUGCAAUCUGGAGGGACUCAAUCUGACACAUUUUAAACAAGUGCCAUAGUUAAGCAUUUUGGCACGCCUCAAACUUGUACACACAUUAUGUAGAGUACAGACCUCUUUGUACGCACUUACUUUAUACAGUCGACCUGCUGUCACAGGCAGAUAGAAGGAACUCAUAGAAACAGCAGCACACAGAAACAUGCAGACAUUAAUUGGAGAGAGGUAUGGUGUGACUGUCUACAUACACUAGACACACUGCUUCAGAAGGGUACAGCGUAAUCGAAUUGGGAAAGAUACAGUCAAACUUUGAUAAGAUGGGAGCUCAGAUGCGCGCGCGCGCACACACAC